AUGAAGGUGGAUGUAGAGACAGGCAAAGUGACGUGUGGAGUCUGUCAAUUGUAUGCUCAUGAAGUUGAAAAGUAUCAGACAAAAGUAGCAGAAAUGAUUAGUGAGUGGCGAGCAGCAGUGAAGGCGGAACUUCCUGGAUGGAAAGAAAAGGGCAUGCAUCAGAUGGAAAUCGAUCGUCGGACGUACGAGAUGCGAGAAGAUAUGAUCCCAUACAGUGGUUUCUUUACGUCAAACGUUGCACGUCGCCAUGGAGAUAUCAUUAUUCGCCACAUUUGUUCCUACUGGACGACAUUGGACCAUCUCAAGAUCAAUACACUCGAGUAUCAACACGCGUCACAGCUCGUCGCUGCGUUAACUUCCGACAUUAGGAAGCAGUGCCAGCAUUUUUCGAAGAUCAAGCAGGCGAUGACGAACGCGUUUCCACGUGUAGCGAGAGUCCGUUACGAAGCCAAUGAGAUGGAAUCUCCACCAUUGACGAAUUUGUGGCAGAAUGCAGCUGUCACGGAGCUCGUUGCAGGUGUAUCACAUUCCGGAUUCCUUUGUGGCAUGCUAUUCAUUGAGAAGAAUGUUUGA